AUGGAAAAAGAUAAAUUCUUAGAGAUAUUUAACAAUUGUGUUUUAAACACAUUAAUAUUCAAACAUGUUAAGAUUAUUAAUAAAAUAAUAGGUCGAUAUGUAGAAAUCGAUGAUUAUAACUAUGAUUGUAUCGUAUACAGUUGGUCAGAAGUAAUUAAGAAUCCACAGGUAAUGGCUGGUUACUCGUAUCUAAGAGAACUUAAACAGUAUUAUGCCGAUCAUUCUAUUUGUAAAUAUGAUAGUGACUAUGUUAAUGAUACAUUUAGAGCAGCAAUCAAAAGUGGAAACAUGGAGACGUUGAAAUAUUUGGUGGAGUUGGCCAAACCAAUAUCAGUAUCGUCGCUCAAAAUUCAAUUCAAUAGAAUCCUGUAUGAUGCAGCGGCAUUUGGAAAUUUGGAAAUGGUCAAACAUAUAUGUACAGAGUUUGCCAAGAAGGGAUUGGAUUUUUAUCCUGCAUUCACUAAAUCACCACUCUCUGGAGAUAUAGAAAUGCUCAAGUAUCUAAACGAGAAAAUGCUGGUGGAGAAUGACUAUCUGGCACAAUCAAAGAUUAAAAACGAGAGUCGUCAAAGAGAGUUAGACAAAGUUGAAGAAGAUUUUGUUUUUAAUAAUGCUGCAUUUAUGGGUCGAAUCGAUAUGAUUGAAUGGCUUUCUAUCAACAAACCGCAAGAAAAAUCAAAAAGCUUCUUGUAUUGUGAUGCAAUUAAAGGCGGACAACUCCAUGUAAUUCAAUAUCUCCUCGAUUUUAAUUCACAUGAUUAUGUGGGUACAUUGUUUGACCAUGCAAUCUUUUGUAAUCAAUUUGAAAUAGCAAAACUGUUACACGAAAACGAUAUAAUAGCAUCAAAAGGCACUCCAAUUGACCAUGCAGCAUUACAUGGAAAUAUCGAAUGUUUGAAAUGGUUGCAUGAAAAUACAACUAACGAUGUUUGUGUGGAAGCCAUGGACAAUGCAGCAAUCAACAACCAUUUAGAAGUUCUAAAAUGGUUACAACAACACCGAACUGAAGGUUGUAGUAAUGAUAUAAUGAAAAGUGUAUCUCGUAAAGGUCAUAUUGAAGUUGCACAAUGGUUAUUCGAGAAUCAAACCAAUGUUCUUCUAUCUCAAAGAUCAAUAGACGAAGCAAUUUACAAUGGUCAUUUUGAACUCGCCAAAUGGUUGUUUGAAAAGGGAAAAGUACGACCGAGUGUUGAGGCAACUGAUUAUGCAGCAAUCUUCAACCUCCCACAUAUUAUAGAUUGGCUACAUGAGAACGGUUUAGAUUCAUUUUCCACGAAUAUAAUGAAUGAAUUAUCAGAUAGCGGCAAUUUACAGAUGAUCAAAUGGUUUCAUGAGAAUCAUCCAAAUCUACCAUUUACAGAGUAUGACUUUUUACGUGCUAUCGGUAAUGGUGAUUUCGAAACAAUGAAAUGGAUGCGAGAAAACAGAACUGAGAUUUCAACUUUGAAAAAGCUCGAUUUGGAAAGUAUAAAUAAAGGCGAUGCAGAAACUAUCAAAUGGUUAUCGGAGAACUUUAAUAUGGAUUGGGACAAAGUGCUUGAAGAAGCAGUUAAAUCCCAUAAUUCAGUAGUAGUUGACGCAAUUAUCAAGCAGGGUCUCUCUACAGUGGAUGUCUUUGAUAAAGAUAGUGUGUUCAAUGACGAAUCAAUAGAGGAAUUGAUUACAGGAAUGCAUUUUCCACUUGUAAGAUGGCUCUAUGAAAAUAGAAGUGAUUGUCAAUGUACUCUACAAGGUUUUUAUACUGCAAUCAAAUCUGGACAAAUGGAUAUGAUCAAUUACCUCUUGGAGAAACAUCCAGAGUUUGGCAAUGAAAUAGAUUUAGAGGAUUCUCUUGAAUUUUAUUAUCAGAAUGAAGAUUUUGAAAUGAUUCAAUUCCUUUUCGACAAACUCCACUUCCAAUUGGAUGAACUAAAGGAAUUUCAAAAGAAGAUAAAUUCCUCGAAAGAGGUUUCCGAAAUUUUAAAAACACUUUUGAAUGACCAUGUUAAAAAGAAAUUCAAUUCAAAUAGAAUUGAAAUUAAGGAAAUUCAAGAGGAGCAAAGAAAAAAAAAGUUAAAAAUUGAAUAUUAA